GCAAAAGGCCCCCACUGGGUCAGGGCUGGGAAACUAGGCUUGGCCUCUGCCUGUAGUGGCCACCACUCCUCAAGCCUCAGCCAGCACCAUGAGUGGCCAAGUUGGAGACCUGAGCCCCAAGCAGGCAGAGACCCUGGCCAAGUUCCGAGAAAAUGUCCAGGAUGUGUUGCCUGCCCUGCCCAACCCUGAUGAUUAUUUUCUUCUACGCUGGCUCCGAGCUAGGAAUUUCGACCUGCAGAAAUCAGAGGCCAUGCUCCACAAGUAUAUGGAGUUCCGGAAGACCAUGGACAUUGACCACAUCUUUGAUUGGCAGCCCCCAGAGGUGAUCCAGAAGUACAUGCCUGGGGGCCUGUGUGGCUAUGACCGCGAUGGCUGCCCGGUGUGGUAUGACAUCAUCGGGCCACUUGACCCCAAGGGGCUGCUCUUCUCAGUCACCAAACAGGACCUGCUCAAGACCAAGAUGAGGGACUGUGAGCGCAUCCUGCAUGAGUGUGACCUGCAGACAGAGCGGCUAGGGAAGAAGAUUGAGACCAUUGUGAUGAUAUUUGACUGUGAGGGCCUGGGACUGAAGCACUUCUGGAAACCUCUGGUGGAAGUGUACCAAGAGUUCUUCGGUCUCCUUGAAGAGAAUUACCCAGAGACACUGAAGUUCAUGCUUAUUGUGAAAGCCACCAAACUCUUUCCUGUGGGCUACAACCUCAUGAAGCCAUUCCUGAGUGAGGACACUCGCAGGAAAAUUAUAGUAUUGGGAAAUAACUGGAAGGAAGGUUUGCUGAAACUCAUCAGUCCUGAGGAGCUGCCUGCCCAGUUUGGAGGGACCCUGACUGAUCCAGAUGGGAACCCCAAAUGUUUAACCAAGAUCAACUAUGGUGGGGAGAUCCCCAAAUCCAUGUACGUGAGGGACCAAGUGAAGACUCAGUACGAGCACUCCGUGCAGAUCAACCGCGGCUCCUCACACCAAGUAGAAUACGAGAUCCUGUUUCCGGGCUGUGUCCUCAGGUGGCAGUUCUCAUCUGACGGUGCAGACAUUGGCUUUGGGGUUUUCCUGAAGACCAAGAUGGGGGAGCGACAGCGGGCAGGGGAGAUGACAGAGGUGCUGCCCAGUCAGCGUUACAAUGCCCACAUGGUACCUGAGGAUGGAAGCCUCACCUGCUCAGAGGGCGGCGUCUAUGUCCUGCGCUUUGACAACACCUAUAGCUUUGUCCACGCCAAGAAGGUCAGCUUUACAGUGGAGGUGCUGCUCCCGGAUGAAGGCAUGCAGAAAUACGACAAGGAGCUCACCCCUGUCUAGGUGGCUCCCUCACUGCUCAGAGACCCCCGACUCUCUGCUUUCUCUUUAUAUAUCCUACUCCUUCUCUUAAAUUGAUCACUAGUCCUCCUGACUGUGACAUUAGUGAGUACAGGAAGAACUGCCCUGGGGAAGACUCAUCUGCUAUGGUCAGACCAGGAAGGGUGUGAGAGGCACAGCCUCGCAGGGUACCAAGGCUGCAGAAGAGAAAGAAGCAAGGGUAAAGGCAAGGGGUGGAUGUCACUGAUACUGAAGAAAUAGGAAAAUUAAUCUCCUAGUAUUUGCCCUCGCCUAUCCUAAGGCAUUUGUGUGUACUUGAAUUCCUUCUAUAUGAGCUGUGUGCAACUCAGCUAAAUCCUUUUGACCUCCACUCCCUGGACAGAAGAUGCUCAGCAUAUACUUACUUGCAGUGUUGAACAGAGGCCCAAAUGACAGGGAGCAGGCAACU